AUGGCUGCUUCUCUUGGAUCAACCGAGCCACUCUAUGAUUCACCAGAUGCGAAUGUCGACAUCAUUUUUGUUCAUGGUCUUCACGGAGAUCGAAAGAAGACCUGGACUAAGCUGCCUACCAAGGAUCACCCAAACCCCGUUUUCUGGCCCCAAGAGCUUCUUCCUAGGAAAUGCAAGACCGCUCGUGUCCUCUCAUUCGGGUAUAAUGCUUCUGUGGCGCAUUUCUACCCUUUGUACGGACCGAAGCGCGUUCCCCCUGAGACAACAGUCGACAACCACUCCAUUGCUCUACUCGAUAGUCUUGUAGGCUUCCGAGAAAGCACGGGAACGAGUGACCGACCUCUCUUUUUCAUUGCCCAUAGUCUAGGGGGUUUGGUAUGUGCCAAUGCCGUCUCCAGGGUAUGUAGAUCCGAUAAAAAACGAGAGAAUCUUGCGAAGCAGGUUCGCGGAAUGAUCUUUCUGGGCACCCCAUUUGCGGGCUCUAAGAUAGCACUUUGGGCAGAGUCUGGGCUGAGAUUCAUUUCUCUCUUCUCCGAGACAAAUAAAAUGAAGCUCAAGGACCUACAAGAGGGCUCGAAGAUAUUGGCUGAUAUCAAUCAUGAAUUCGCGCGGUACAUCAAAAGCCGAGACCGCGACCCCCCUUCGGUUGAGAUCGCCUGCUAUUACGAGGAAUAUCCCACGAAAGGCACCUUUGUUGUGGAUAAAUCCUCGGCGAUACUUAGUGGUGUCGAUCCAUUAUCCAUUGAAGAAGAACAUUCACACAUGGGCAAAUUCCAAGAUGAACACCGCAGCGGGUUCAUCAGCAUCACUAACAAGCUAAACUCCUGGAUUAACGCACUGGACCUCAACCUGGACGCCAGCCCGGACACCAGCCCCGACGCCAGCCCCGACGCUGACGCCGGCACCGGCACCGACGUUGACACACUCGAGAAGUAUUACACUACCCAAAUGGGCGACAUCCACUACCACCAGGCAAUCUCCAACAACCACGGGGUUAUUACUGGGCAUAUUGCUACCACAGCCGCCAACGGAAUAAGCAUUGUGGGAUGUGUGACCAACAACUACGGCGCAUGA